GUUCCUGGCUGCGAGUGGAGACACUGAAGGGGCUGGACCCGCCGGGGAAGAAAUGGCGAGGACGGUGAACGAGAGCGAGUGUGGAGGGGAAACACGGAGCCCGGAGCCGCAGGGACCGGGCCGAGGGGCGGCCAGAUGGGGCCCGCAGCACGCCGGGGCCCGGGAGCUGGCCACCCUGUACUCGCCAGGCAAAAGAUGUCAAGAAUUGAUCAGUGUCGUCCUCUGCUUCUCUCUCAUGGCCUUCAAUUUCAUUCACCUCCUUGCCAAUUUCCAUCUGGGGCAUUUGUGGUACAUUGUGUUGGGCAUUGUGGCAGGAAUACUCACCGCAGACUUUGCAUCGGGUCUUGUUCACUGGGGGGCCGACACAUGGGGAUCAGUAGAUCUGCCCAUCUUUGGAAAGGCCUUUAUACGACCAUUUAGAGAGCACCACAUUGACCCCACAGCCAUCACCCGUCACGACUUCAUUGAGACCAAUGGCGACAACUGCAUGUUGACCAUUGUCCCUCUUGCAAACAUGGCCUUCAACUUCCUCACCCUCUCCCCUGCGGACAUUUACCAUAACUACCCCUGGUUCUGCUACUUAUUUGCACUAGCCAUCUUUGUGACCCUCACCAACCAGAUCCACAAGUGGUCGCACACGUACUUCGGCCUUCCCGGUUGGGUCGUGUUGCUACAGGAGCUCCACAUCAUCCUCCCCCGCAAGCACCACCGCAUCCAUCACGUCUCUCCUCACGAGACGUACUUCUGCAUCACAACAGGUUGGCUGAACUACCCACUGGAGAAGCUGGGUUUCUGGAAGAACCUGGAGGAUCUCAUCCAGGGUGUGACCGGCGAGAAGCCCCGGUCUGACGACCUGAAAUGGGCUCAAAAAGUCAAGUAACGCUGCAGGCUAACUGCACCCUACCUCAGAAGAUGCUGGCUCCGUCCAGGCUUCUCAUCCCCUCUUUUGCCUCACUUAAACUGUAAUCCAUAGGAAGGAAAACUAACAAACAGUUUCUGAUGCCAUAGCUUUAAGUCUUGCACAUUUUGUCUGUUAUUCAAGAGGAGGGCUUUGUUGAUUGAAUUUCUCAUUACUUACUCAUGGAGAUCAUUGUUUAAAAUUGCAAUAUAUCUUUAACUUAAUGUAUAUUUAACACAACUCAUCACUUUUUUUUCGGAGACAUACACAGGUUUUGGUUAGACGUAUAAUUUGAAAUCGCUGUCCAGGGAGAUUAAAGCAUUUUUCCUCAUGUCAGAAAAUUCAAACAAUCCCAUGAAAGGAUACUUGAACGCUUGAACACUCGCCUUUUUCUCCUCCAGAGCCACAACUGUUCAUUUCGAGAGUUGAUGAAUCUUAUAUUUAGCACUUCUUUAUUUUCUCUGGAUCAGUCGUUUCAUCUCCACCUCAUUAAGGGUCUAUUUGAUUUGAAGUAUUAAACAUGGAUUUAGGCCAUAGUAAGCCGUAGAGCUGGGGGAUACAGGAUGCUUUACCAAUGUUGAAAGCUAAAGAACAAACCGGUUGAUUACUGUUACAUUUCUCGACUGUUUUAAAAGGGGAGGUGAUGAUAAGAUUAGGGUUUUUCUUCAGUAUUAACAGUUCCCGUAGAAGAGUCAGUGCCACUUUACAGCCAAACUAGACACCAGCAUGAUAGACGACAGGUCUGACAGCGCAGAAAAACACCUUUUACAAAAUAAACAAUAUAGCUGUCAGAUACUUAGCAAAGAUUUUCUUUUUCUUUUAUUGUUUUUAGAUAUCAUUGGUUCCAAACACAGCAGAUGAGACAUUUUUAGGCUUCGUGGGGACGUACAGUAGUUUGAUGUGAACGAGUCUCAUGGAAACGCUCGUAACCGUAGUUAAUGUGGCUGCUAGACAAUUAGAAAACUUAGGGAAAUAUACAUAUAUAUAAUGCUGUUGAUGUGCUGAGUCAUUCUGGCCCUAUAGUCUUUCCAGAUGAUCGCUGUGUCCAAGGAGAAAAGCAUUUUUGGGUAAAGAGAAAGUUCUUUGGGAAAGAGGCGCGUGCAGUUAUGUCUAGUUGCCUUAACGCUCUGUAAAUGCAGCUUUUGUGUCUUUUGUUGUUCCGUUUCUGUUUUAUUUGCAGCACUUCUUCUGCGUCUGUCUGGGGUUUGUGUCUCAGUUAGUCAGACACUGAUCCUGAAAUGUCAUGUGCCAACUGUAUGUAACGUUAACUCCAUUUACACCUGGCAUUAGAACACGUUCUGGUCGAUCGGGUGAUGCUUCACCACAUUAAAAGUACAGGCACCCAGGAUCCAUUGAGGACGGAUUGUGAUCUGAUUGGCUAAAGCCUCUCUGGAGGUUGUCAGGGACGCAUUGUGACCAUAUUGAACACAAGUCUUCAUGCUAUUAUGUUGUUAGUCCACAUUCAAUGACUUCAGGGGUGGAAAUAAUAAUCUCCCAUGACUGUUCUGAACCAGCGAGGUAGCAGCAGCUCAGCAGUUAGCAGCAAUGAGCCAGUAAACCUGAAGCAGACCUCAAUAACACAGCGUCACUAAUGGCUGACAUCUUCUUUUUAUAUCUUUUUGUGCCGUUUGUCAUGCAAACAAGAGGAAGAUGUGACCUGGUCGGAUCUCAAUUGAAUCUCAAUGUGGACACUGGGGACAUUAAUACCAGAUGUAAAUAUGAUCAGGUGAAAUCAUAUCUAGACACAAUCUGGAUUUGAGACGUAUUGUAAUGCCGGGUGUAAACGGAGCAACUGUCUCUGUUCCUCACAUCUUUCUUUUCUUUUGUAAUGUGAGAAGUAACUGUCCGUUUCAGAGUGAAACAUUCGAGUGAUGUCGCCACAGCGACUAACGUUGCCGUCUUGGUAACUGUGACAAGUUGAGCUGGUGAUGUUACAAGGGCUUCAGUGAAGGUUGACGAGGCAGGACUUUCUUCACUCCUAUACAUGAGAUUAUGUAAUUAGAUUAAUCGGUUUAAUUUUUUUUUUUUUUUAAAUGCUUCAGUUACUAAUCUGUAAAUGUAUUGUACAGCGAAUAACUAUGCAGUGUAAUAAGAGGCCCUUAACUAUACGUCUUAACUCAUAUGAUUAGGUUCAAAUGCCUUUCUAUAUUUAAUAGUUCACACAUAUUUACUUAGUUGGAGAACUGGAGUUCUGCAAUGUACCUACUUAACAAACUGCAUGACAAAAUUACUUUAGCGAAUGAAGAUGUCACUUAAACAGACGUAGGAGUGCAUGUGUAGAGCAUGUCUGCUUGUGGAAGCAAUACACUGGGUCACCAGCUUUCCUUUUGGGUUUGUGUAAAACUAACACGGACCAAGGAGGAUCAUGCUCACUCCAAAUGAAAUUUAUUCUUACCUCUUUAAAAACAUGACCCCAAACUUUGACAUAAUUGUCCCGGGUUUGAAGAACCAAAAUUUUACCUUCAUUCCAAGGAAAGCGUGAUGAAGAUGUUCAGGUUAAAAUGGGAGAAGCUGACCUCGUUCAGUCGGGUUGACCAGGUUCAAGGCUUAAUUAUCAAGCUUCUGGUGUUAAACUUUAAUUUUAGUUGUACUUAACUUUGAAACCAAAAUUCUGUUUUGUAUCAUGUGAUAUUCCGGUUUUUGAAUCCGUUAUACUUGAUUAGAUACAAUUAUUCACCACAGGUCAACAGCAGAAGUACAUGACACAUUGCAUUGUACUUGUAGAGAAGUAUUGUGAGAAGCAGUUCUGUGUGGACGAGUGUAAUUUUUGCUGGUAAACGAAUGGCAUCGUGUGUCUCUGCAUCAAAGUUUUAAGGCCUACGUACAAAUUGUAGUCCUGCUAAUUCUUUAUUGAUUAGACAACAUUAUUACGGGCAGAGGUUACUGCCAUCAGAGUUUGGCGUUGGCACCGCUGAAUGUUUCAGUGUUUCAGUUAAUUGCCUUUUUGUGGUAAGAUAAAAAAGUAAUGAUAAGGUAAUUUUGUGUUUUUGUGAAACUAGGACAGGCUAAGAUUUUAGACAAGAUUGACCAUGAUUAGUUUGGACAAAAUUGACAUUAAAUAUGUUGACCUCAUAAUAGAAUAAUCUUUGCUUGGAUACAGACUUGCUAUCAUUGCUAUUUAAGGCUGUAACAUGUAUCGACUUAUUCUUCAUUCUGAUUCUCCAGAUGAUCUCAGGAGUGUGGUUAAGCGGAUUAAAGUAGUUUAAUAUGAAUUUGUAAAAAAACACACAAAACACCCCCAUGAGUUGAAGUUAGAGACGUUAUUUAUUGGAUAAAAGUUGUUUCAAUCACUUAUUUGUGUCAGAUUCGUUUGGCAAUAUAGCCGAACGAUAUAAAAUACAGAAUAGGUUCUGUUGUAGCCAUAUAUCAGUGCAGUUAACUUGACCUCUUGUUCUGAGGUAGAACUUGUGAUUCAGCUGUGUGUGGUUUUCCUGCUUAGAGACAAUGGGCUAUCAUUAGUGGACUUGAAGGGUAUUUUGUGACAAUGUGCGGUUAAUUACAUAUUGUUCCCACCGGAAAAUAUUUUGUGGAAGCAAAUGAAGUUGUCAGUGAGUGGGGUGGGUGGUAAUUGUUGGUAUGUUUGACAGGCUGUGUUCAAAUCAGUUUUGUAAUGAACCCUGGACUUUUUAUUGAAUUGCCUUAUUCUCUCCCUGAUUGGUUUACUGUAAAUCUUGCCGACAACGUGGGAAAAACAAUUCACCGGCUGACUUUAAAUUGCCCUUCGUUUGCCUCGCACUUCUUCUGAGGCAGGACCCAUAUGGAUGUUGUAGGUGGUUAUAUUUGCUGGUGGUGAUGGAGUUUUAGAUAUCAGAAUAAUGCCUCGAUGCCUUUUUGUUCUCUUCCAUGUGGGAGACUUACAAUGUAUAUAUUAAACUGUAUUUAUAAGUAAACUAAAAUAAACAAUUGAUUAUUGCUGCUUCUC